CGCUAGAGGGGUCUAUAAAGUCGCUAGAUCUAGUGACAAAGUCGCUAAGUUGACAACACUGAUGCAAAGGUGUGGUGGCAUAGCUUUCAAAAUCAAAGUUUGAAAACUUAACCAGGCCCACUGACCCACUUAACGGCAUGCUUUUAUUUUGAAAACUAAUUUAGGAAGUAGUGUUCUCUCAACUCCUGUUUUGACUCCGAAGCUGCAGCUGAGUGUAAACCAAGGUGAUGCUGUCAUCCUCUGUCCGAGGGAGGCCGUCAUGUUUCAGUUCCACCUCCUUCCUUCCGUCCCAGCCUGACCAGUCCAGUUAGGUUCAAUGUCUGAAAGAGGGAGUCUCGUGUUUGGACAGAUCCCUGCGCGCUGUUAAUAACCUGAGAGUUCACCAUGAACGCAGCCGAGCAGACUGUAACGUGGCUCAUUACUCUGGGGGUCCUGGAGUCCCCAAAGAAAAGCGUCUCGGAUCCGGAGGCUUUUCUCCGGACGUCUCUGCGGGAUGGAGCGGCUCUGUGCCGGCUGCUGGAGCGCCUCAGACCCGGGGACUGUGGCAGGUUUUUCCAGGAGCCGAGGAGCGACAGCGAGUGUCAGAGGAAUAUUACCGAGUUCRUUAAAGGCUGCGGGGCUUUCGGUGUGGAGACUUUUGAGGUCAGUGACCUGCUGCAGGGACUGAACUUCUCUAAAGUACUGAACACCCUGGUUGCCCUCAAUAAAGCCACUGAAGGCCCUUCAGGAGACAGUGUAUKUGUGCCGCACACAUCAAAUUUAAGGAUCAAAUCAUUUGACUCCCUGAACACUCAGACUCGCUCCUCUAAAGUGCUGCAGAUUCAGUACCGYAGUUUGGACAUGUCAGAUGGCAGUGGGUGUGGCCAGGUGCUGGUCAAAGCGCGCUUCCCCUUUCAGCAGACCAACGAGGACGAGCUCUCCUUCACCAAGGGUGACAUCAUCACCGUGUCCAGGCAGGAGGAUGGGGGCUGGUGGGAAGGCUCACUAAAUGGGAAGACUGGGUGGUUUCCCAGUAACUAUGUACGGGAGCUGAAAGGGAGCG